GUCGCUGUCACUAUACAGCACUGUAGCCUUUCAGGACAGUACUAAGGAGACCGCAGCGAGGAGAGAACCAUCACCAACUUCUACUCAAACAUCAAGCCGAGUCUGAUUGUUGUUGUUGUUGUUGUUGUCGUCGUCGUCGUCGUCGUCGUUUCGCGCCCUGUUUUCAUCAUGAAAGCUAUCAGUCCCGUCCGCUCGGUGAGGAGCUGCUACAAGGCCGUGUGCUGCAUUUCGGAGCAGAGUCUCGCCAUCAGCCGGAAUAAACACUCGUGUCUGGAGGAGCCGGUGAGCGCCCUGUGCGACAUGAACGACUGCUACUCCAAACUGAAGGAGCUGGUGCCGAGCAUCCCGCAGAACAAGUCGGUCAGCCAGGUGGAGAUCCUGCAGCACGUCAUCGACUACAUCUUCGACCUGCAGAUCGCGUUGGAGGCGGAGGACACGGCCACGCCGGAGGUGGUUUUGUCAAUAAAGACUGCGGACCUUACUCGCAAUUUCUCCAAAGAAGAAGGGCGGUUGUGCCACUAGGACGAGGAUGACAGAUCAUGGUGCAGGGAAACACAUGUCUCCACUUCACUCCGGGCAAGAGGACAAGAGGGGCAGAAAGGGUGGGAUAGGUAUUUGGGAGAGAAGGGGAAGAAGAAGAAGAAGGAGGAGGAGGAGGGAGGUGGAGGGUUUUAAAGAAAGAAAAGACAGGAAAAAAGUGGACUGUUUCCUAGAUGAGUGGGGAUCAACAGUAGUGCAUGAGCAAGAAAACAGAGACUCAUUCUUUGGCCCCUGGACAGACAAAUCAACACACCAAAGCAGAAGCCAGGAUUGGAAACUGAAAGCAACCGGCUUUGUAUGCCCUCCUCAACCAAAUGGGAUUCCCUAUAGAUAGAAGUAGAAACAUUGGUACAUUAUUCUUUUAUUUUCCAUUAUUGUGUUACAUUCCAAACAGUUUUUUUGUGGAUUAAACACACACACCCAACCUGAACCCAUCAUAAUCUCACCUAAUUUUCUCUGCAUUAUCCCCCACCAAAGCCCCACCCCCCCAAAAAUCUGUUUUCUAAUGAUCUGGAGACUGUUACUUACAACUUCAUACGAAUGUGUACAUAUCUGCUGUGGGUAUGUAAGGUGUGAGUCAAUUUGGAUGUCGGUAUUUUUUUUUUUGAAUGGGAGUUUGGGUUUUGUUAGGUAUAAUCAGAACUCUAUACUAGAGUUAAUUGUAAAUGUUUGUAGGGAUUGUGUUAUUUCUACAGACAAUGUGAUGUGAGUUUCAUAAACUCUUUAUUAUAAAGUUUGCUUUGUAUGUAUGUAUGUUCUUAUGUAAUGAAAUAAAAAAAAAGAUGUGAAACUA